AUGCCUUCGAUUCCUGAAAUUUCAACUGUGCCUCCAAAACUCUCCGAUGCUUUUCGAAGCCACCCUGUCCACCUCCGCCAUGAAUGUCCUGACUUGACUUCACUCAAAGAAUUACCAGACUCGUACGAUUGGACUGAUCAGCACUACGUGAUCCCUGCCACCAACGGUGACUCUGCCAUCUCCGAGUCCAUUCCGGUUAUCGAUCUCAAUGACCCUAAUGCUCUACAACUCAUCGGCCAUGCAUGCAAAACGUGGGGAGCUUUUCAAGUCAUAAAUCAUGGCAUCCCCACUUCCCUUCUUGAUCAAGCUGAGUGUACAACUAGACAUCUUUUCUCUUUACCUGUUGAACAAAAGCUCAAAGCUUCUCGUUCGCCUGAUGCUCUUACAGGCUAUGGCUUGUCAAGAAGUAAUUCAUUUUUCUCUAAGAUUAUGUGGUCUGAAGUAUUCACCAUCAUUGGAUCACCACUCGAUCAUUUUCGUCACCUUUGGCCCGAAGAUUACACCAAACACUGUAAGGUCAUGGAAGAAUAUGAAAAGGAGAUGAAAAAGUCAGCAGAAAAACUAAUGUGGCUGAUGCUGGGUUCAUUGAACAUUACAAUGGAAGACAUUGAAUGGGCUGACCCGAAAGGCAAUAUCCCAGACGAGUUUGCAGUCUUACAUAUGAAUUAUUACCCGGCUUGUCCGAACCCGGACCGGGCCAUGGGUAUGGCCGCCCAUUCAGAUUCCACCAUUCUUACUAUUCUUCACCAGAACAACACUGCCGGAUUGCAGGUCCUAAAAAAAGGAACCGGGUGGGUCGCUGUACCCACAAAUCCAGGUGGGCUUGUGGUUAUUGUAGGGGACUUGCUUCAGAUAUUAUCCAAUGGGUCGUAUAUAAGUGCACUCCACCGGGCUGUGGUGAACCGGGACAAGCCCAGGUUUUCUCUUCCGUACUUUUAUGGGCCACCUGCCCGGGCCCAAGUCUCACCCUUGCCCAAGCUUGUAGGCCCAAGUGAUCCUCCUUUGUACCGGCCCAUUACUUGGAGUGAAUUCCUUGGAAUCAAAGCCAAGCAUUUCAACAACGCAUUGUCUUCUAUCAGAAUUUGUACUUCUCCUCCAAACGAAGUGGUUGCUGCGAAUGGUGAUAAUAAUACUAAUAGUGCAGAAGUGGCUUGA